ACGUUCAGACCGGCCGCGCGACUUGAACGAUUCAUUUUUCAAAGUUGAAUUUCUUUUAAACUUCUAGCCCGAUUGCCAAGUUAUAAAGUGCAUAGUUUUCAGUGAGAUUGGAUAAGCAGACAUGUUCAAGCACAUUAUUAUCCUGAUCGCAACGGUCGUCGUGUCGGCGUUUGCCCAUCAUCUUAAUGGGGCGCCGCACGUAGCGUCAGCGAGGCUAAAGGGUGGUGACGUGGACGGUAACAUCACCUUCACUCAACUGGACGACAAUAAAGUCAGGGUUCAGGGCACCAUCAUUGGUUUGACUCCGGGACAGUACGGGUUCCACGUGCACGAGAAGGGAGACCUUAGCAAUGGGUGUGCUUCCACCGGCGCACAUUACAACCCUGAAAAUCAACCCCAUGGCCACCCUGAUGACAAAGAACGCCACGUCGGAGACCUGGGCAAUGUAGAAUUCGAUGCCAACAAUAUCGCGACCAUAGACUUCGUUGACAGCCUACUCUCAUUGGAAGGAGAUCAUAACAUUAUCGGCAGAGCUGUGGUUCUUCACGAGAGAGCUGACGAUUUCGGCAGGACCAACCACCCUGACUCCAGGAAGACUGGCAAUGCUGGCGGCCGAGUCGCGUGCGGCGUCAUCGGAAUCCAGGAUCCUGUGUACUACACAUACAUUUGGAGCGGUGCAUCUAGAACUUCCAGCACUUUUAUUAUAUUAUUAACUUUAGUAUUGUUUUUGUAUUAAUUAUAAAUUAUUAUUUAAUUAUUAUUAUUUUUCUUUUAAAUUUAUAAGUUUUCAAUUAAGUUUAAAUUAAAAUAUGGUUUGUUCACUAUUUUGUAUUUAUUGCAAAUUAAUUAAGUUAUUUAUUUUGCUUUGUAUAAUAUAAGAGUAUGUACUUAA